AUGUGGGAUCGUUACGGCCCCGACAACGAGAUUGAGUGCGUCGAUGCCUUCACACGACUUACCUUCGACACUAUCGGCCUAUGUGCAUUCAACGUACGCUUCAACGAGUUCUACAUGAGAGAGGUCCACCCUUUUGUCAAGAAUCUCUCAGAAGGGCUGAUAGAAUGUGGGAGGAGGGCCAACCGGCCUCAGUUCCUGAACACAUUGCUCUUCUACCGAGCAGAGAGGGAGCGGCAGGUCAACAUGAAGAAGAUGCGGGAUCUGAGCGAUCAGAUUGUGCGCGACUGGGAGACAAACCCGAGACCUGGUGCUGCCUCGACAGACUUCCUGAACGUAUUGCUAUAUGGUGUCGACAAAGAGACUGGGGAGAAGGUACCAACCGAGAACGUCCGGUAUCAGAUCUCUACCUUCCUCGCCGCCGGGUACGAUACGACAGCCUCAUCGCUGAGCUUUGUUUACUAUUACCUAUGCGACAACCCAGAGUGCCUACGCAAGGCACAACAAGAGGUUGAUCAAGUUGUCGGCGACAAUAUCGUCACGAUCGACAUGCUGCCGAAGCUUGUAUAUCUCAAGGCAUGCAUCCAGGAAUCAUUGCGGCUGAACUCGCCGGUCAAUAUUCUCAACCGAGACGCCACCAAGGAUACGAUCCUGGGCGGAAAGUAUCUGAUCAACAAGGGUUUGUCUGUUUCAUGUCUGCUGCGCCACCUGCAUCGCGAUCCUAAGGUCUGGGGUGACGAUGCCGACGAAUUCCGCCCCGAGCGCCUGCUCGAUGGGGGAUUUGAGGCAUUGCCUCCUACCGCGUGGAAGCCAUUUGGAAAUGGCUCCCGAGUAUGCAUCGGCCAAGGUUUUGCCGAGCAAGAAAUGCUCAUCAAUCUUUCACAAGUGCUACAGCGCUUCCAUGUACAGAAGGCCGACCCAAGUUAUAAGUUGGUCAUCAGAAGCACAUUGACGACUAAACCGGCCGAUUUCCGAAUAAAGGCUCGCCGUAGGCCUGAGAAAAAUCUCAUGAUUGGUAUUCCGGGAGGAACUUUUGCCGAAAGUGUGCCAAACCAGUCGCGUCAGCGUGCAAGAGGUGCCGCUCGCCAGACAGGCGAGGCCAAGCACGUCUGCGUAUUCAUCGGUGGUAAUAUGGGAACCAGUGAAGGUUUAGCCCAUGACCUAGCUGAGAAGGCUCCUGAGUAUGGACUCGAUGUCGACAUACGAGAUUUGGAUGCUGCGGUUGAGGCUUUGCCGACGGAUCGGCCUUGCAUCAUAAUCACAGCCUCGUAUGAAGGCAAGCCACCCAGCAAUGCUAGAAAAUUUGUGGCAUGGAUUGAGAAACUUGCUGGAGGCUCUUACAAGUUGCCCCAGGGCACUCGCUACGCCGUCUUCGGCGUCGGAAACAGUGACUGGGCCAGUACACUCCAUCGAAUCCCAAAGCUGGUUGACAAGACGCUGUCCGAAAUUGGUGCCGAUCGGAUCAUGGAUGCCGGCUACAGCAACGUCAAGCUGGAUAUUAUGGGGCCGUGGGAAGAGUGGUGUGUUCAGCUCUGCACAAGCCUUUCCGACAACAAGACAGCGGACCAAAUCUCUGUUGGCGUGGAUGUCACCAUCGAAAACUCCCAGGCCACAGGGACGCGUCGUCAGACGCAGAGCGGCGAGGACUUGAAUAAUGCAACAGUGCUCUCCAAUCGCGAGCUAGCCGAUACUUCUGUUGGCGCUGCGAAGCGUCAUGUUGAGCUUCGUCUUCCUCCCGGUUGCAACUUUGUCUCAGGUGACUACUUGGUGAUCCAAGGACGGAGCCCAGAAGAGACAGUGAGGCGAGUGCUGGCAAGAUUCAAUCUUGAACGACACGACAUGAUGACCGUCAAGUCCAGCAAGAAACCAUUUCUCCCGGCGCACCCAACAGCCGUGGGUCACUUCUUGUCCACGAGCGUUGAGCUUGCCACGCCCAUCACCAGGCGACAGCUCUCGACACUUGCCCAGUGGGCGGAGCAGGGCAGCUCUGAGCUGAAGAGUCUACUCAAUAUGCAGAAAGAAACAGUCUAUGAGACUCUUCUGGAGAAACGAUACUCCAUCCUUGAUGUGCUCGAGGAGGUUCCUGGACUGCCGCUUCCGUAUGGGGUCUAUAUUGACCUCCUCUUGCCAUUGACUCCUCGCCAAUAUUCCAUCUCUUCACCACCACCAUCACCACUGAAAGACGACAAAGAAACUGGCGUCAUCGCCAGCGUAACUUUUGACGUCCUCGAAGCACCUGCGACCAGUGGUCAUGGCGCAUUUCGCGGCGUCGUGAGCACCCAUCUCUCAGCCUGCAGGCCCGGAGACCGUGUUCAAUGUGUCGUGCGUCCGAACACGAUCGGAUUCCGCCUCCCGUCUGAUCCUGAAAUUCCCAUCAUCAUGUUGGCCGCAGGAACAGGUAUUGCGCCGAUUCGGGCCUUCAUUGCAGAACGUGCCGCCAUCAAGAAAACAGGCGUACAGAAGAUGGGACCCGCGUUGCUCUUUUUCGGCUGCCGCCAUCGUGAGAAAGACUACAUCUACCGCUCUGAUCUCGAGGAAUGGGGAAAACAGGGCGUGGUGGAAGUGGUUCCGUGCUUCUCCAAGCCUGGCGACGGUCAGCAGGGGCGACACGUUCCCGAUGCGCUUUGGGAUGAUCGAGUCCGCGUCUGGAAUAUGCUCCAAGGGGGAGGCAAGGUCUACGUCUGUGGUAGUGCAGCCAAGCUAGGAAGAAGCUCAGCAGAUGUAUUGAAACGCAUCUGGGCCGAUCAGACAGGGAAGAAUGAGAUUGAAGCGGAUGAGUGGCUUGAUGAAUGCAAGACAGCUGGAUCGUAUGUGAGGGACGUCUACUGAGUUUCGGCUUGGUUCUGGCUUGAGUCCUUUUAUUCUUUUACAAUGACCUGUUCAUUAUUUUGCUGAAAUCACGUAGACGAUUUGCAGAUAAUGGUUUCUUAUCUACUAAGUACAUACUUACUUCGUCAA